UCUCAUUCUGCUUCUUCUUCUUCUUCAUCAGACCCAAUGAAUCAGAGAUUUCUGUAGAAAAUUAGGGUUUUGUCUGGUCAAUUCCAUGUGCUGACUUCAGGUUUUGCAGAAGUGAUCAGUGAUUUUCCAUUUUUCCUGCGCUUUGUUCAGAACUAGUUACAUUUCCCUCAAGGAAAGAGAGAGAAAGUGACAGUGGAGGUUUUGUUUUAGAGAGAGAAAUGGAGAUGGAUGAAGAUAUGGAAAUCGAGACAAUGGUGUUUGAUGUGAGAGAGAUCGAUCUGGAGUACGAGUUUGAUGCGUCUCGGUGGUACGAUUUCACUCGUGUGGAGUCACCGGCGGAAUCUCAGGCCGCCGAGUUCUGGUUUCAUUCUGCUCCGUCGUACCCGGCCUCUCCUUUCGUAACAAAGUUGUUACUUAGAGAUGAGGUUUCUGAUGACAAAACCGAGGCAUCCACGAAAUCAGAGGAUGAUGAAGUCAUAGCAGAUGCUUGUGAAAAAGAUGGAGGAAUCUAUCAUCAUCCAUAUCUAGCUACAGAUUUGAAUAAAACAGGAAAUGGAAUGCGUUUUGGGAUUUUUUCCUCCCAACAAGGCAGUAAUUUGAAGAAAGCUCCAAAUCAAACCAUAUGCAAAGGGCCAACGUUUAGCAAUCACAAGCACACUGAUAAACCAAAAUUCCGAUCUAAGCCCAGCAUCAGACCAACUUCAAGGAGCUCGACGUUAAUGAGACCCACUGCUAGUCAGUUAGCAAAACAAAAGAAUGCCAGUAAAUUCCAUAUGCAAGUGGAUCAAAUUCAUGAGAAAGGGUUAUGUGGGACAUCUGGGACCGAAGUUCAAGCGGCUAAAAGACAGAAGCUUGAUGGAGGUCUUCUUCGUAAGGUUGCUGAUACAAAGCAGGAAAUGAGUUUUGUCCACAAGAUACCCAAGAAGGAUACAACUCUUGAUAGAAACCCACAAUAUGCCAGGACAAAGAUUACUAUCCCACAGGAGCCUGAUUUUGCUACAUCACAGAGGGCACACAGAAUACGGCAGAAGAAUGAUGCCAAGUUAGAACAGGACUCAACGGCUGUAUAUAAAUUCAAAGCACGUCCAUUUAACCGAAAGAUAUUUGAUGCUCCCUCACUGCCCAUCCGGAAGAAGAGCACUCCAAAACUACCUGAAUUCCAAGAAUUUCAUUUGAAGACUUCAGAAAGAGCUAUGCAACAUUCUUCAGCAGUAACAACAAGGUCUAAUCAGAGGAAUGAUGCGUAUAAGGGGUCAGACAAAUCUAAUGCAACUGAUGCGCUUGACGGUGUUAAUAGGGAAAGUAGGAGACCAAGCGCUAUGGAUACACCUAAGCAUGAUGUAUCGGAGGAAAAUCACGUCUUUAAAGCUCGUCCUCUGAACAAGAAGAUACUCUCAAGCAGAGGAGACAUGGGCAUAUUCAAAAAUAACAAGCGAGAAACAACAGUGCCUUUGGAGUUUAGUUUUCACUCAGAAAAGAAAGUUCAACCAGAUUUACCAACAGACCUUUUCAGCAAGCUCUCCAUCAAAUCCGAGCUCCAGCAAAACAAUGGCUCUCGCACAAGAUUUCCUCAACCAAAGGGCUUCAAGGAAAAUAGAGUGAACUCUUUCCAAGCAGGGAAUGAGAUAACAAAACUAAUAGCUGGAAAAACGGUCUCUUCAGCUGGACAACAGAUACAAUUUGGGAACAGCGGAAUAAAUCCUGAAACAAACCAGCGAAGGAACGCUAGUAGGAGCUUAAGCAUUCGCUGAUGGUGUAGAAAAAAAGCACUGGUAGCGUCUAGAAUCAUCAGCUCUUUUUUGUACAUUCAGAUUUGGUUCGCUGAGACUGAUUCUGCUGUAUAACCCCUCCAACGCUAAGUAAUACUGUUAUAAAGGAAGAAGGAGAAAGCAAACCAAACCGCAUUCAGUUUCUCAAAAUAAGGACGUAUGAAGCUGAAAAUGUGAAUCAGAAAUGUCUCAACGUCUCUUUUUACAUUUAGUAAGCAUAAAAAAUAAAGAACAAACUGAAAAUGUAAAUCAGAAAUGUUCUCAAGCUUUUU